UCGGAUGAGCUGAAAGCUGCAGCCAUGGUGGAUGAUGACUUGGAACCAGAGGAGACCACAAUGGAUGGAGAACCUUCUGCAAAGUACGCCUGUCCAGAAAAGGACUUUGGCAAAAAUUGCCAGAGCUAUCAGAACUCUCCAGUGGCUGAAUUUUCCAGCCAUGAAAUGGACAGCGAGUCCCAUAUCAGUGAAACGAGUGAUCGAAUGGCCGAUUUUGAGAGUGGCUCCAUCAAAAAUGAGGAGGACAGCAAAGAGGUUUCCAUAGCGCUGGAAGAAUCUGUGGUGUCGGACAGUUUGGAGCAGAUGAAGGCCGUCUACAAUAACUUCCUCUCCAAUUCCUAUUGGUCCAACCUGAAUUUGAAUCUCCACCAGCCGGCCGUUGAAAAAACCAAUGGCAGCAGUAGCAGUAGCAGCAGCAGCAGCAGCAGCUGUGGCAGUGGGAGCUUCGAUUGGCAUCAGACCGCCAUGGCCAAAACAUUACAACAAGUUUCGCAAAACAGAAUUCUUCCUGAGCCCAGCCUUUUUAGCACAGUUCAGUUGUACAGGCAGAGCAGUAAACUUUAUGGCUCCAUCUUUACCGGAGCCAGCAAAUUCCGCUGUAAAGACUGUAGCGCAGCCUAUGAUACUUUGGUGGAAUUAACGGUGCACAUGAACGAAACGGGGCAUUAUCGAGACGACAACCACGAAACAGAUAACAACAACCCCAAACGAUGGUCUAAGCCUCGUAAACGCUCCUUGCUUGAAAUGGAAGGGAAAGAAGACGCCCAGAAAGUAUUAAAGUGCAUGUACUGUGGCCAUUCCUUUGAAUCGCUUCAAGACUUGAGUGUGCAUAUGAUAAAAACAAAACAUUACCAAAAAGUGCCUCUGAAGGAACCCGUAACCCCUGUAGCAGCAAAAAUAAUCCCGGCCACUCGAAAAAAAACCUCGCUGGAAUUAGAACUGCCAAGCUCUCCAGAUUCUACUGGUGGGACCCCCAAAGGAACUCUUCCCGAUGUCAAUGACCCUCUUCAAAAGAAUUCCAAUCCUUACAUUACACCGAAUAACCGCUAUGGACACCAGAACGGUGCCAGCUAUGCCUGGCAUUUUGAAGCAAGGAAAUCUCAAAUCCUCAAGUGCAUGGAGUGCGGCAGUUCCCACGACACCUUGCAGGAGCUCACGGCCCACAUGAUGGUGACAGGACACUUUAUUAAAGUCACCAACUCUGCCAUGAAGAAAGGGAAGACCAUUAUAGAGUCCCCGGUCACGCCUACCAUCACGACUUUGCUUGACGAGAAAGUACAGUCUGUGCCUCUUGCGGCCACAACCUUCACCUCUCCUUCCAACAUGCCAUCCAGCAUCUCCCCAAAGUUAAACAUGGAAGUCAAGAAAGAAGUUGAGAAGGACAGAACAAUUGCUGAUGAAAAGGUGAAAGACAAAGAAAAACUAAGUGAAGAUGAGGAAAAAUAUGAUAUCUCCUCCAAAUAUCAUUACCUGACAGAAAAUGACUUGGAAGAAAGCCCAAAAGGAGGACUAGAUAUUUUAAAGUCAUUAGAAAACACGGUCACUUCAGCUAUUAACAAAGCCCAGAAUGGUACACCAAGCUGGGGUGGAUACCCCAGUAUUCAUGCCGCUUAUCAGCUGCCCAACAUGAUGAAAUUAUCCCUAGGAUCAUCAGUAAAGAACACUACUUUGAAGCCCAUGUUUGGAAAUACUGAAUUAGUCUCUCCCACGAAAAGCCAGCCCCUGAUUUCACCUCCCAGUAGCCAAACAUCCCCUGUGUCCAAAACAAAUUUUCAUGCCAUGGAAGAGUUGGUGAAGAAAGUCACCGAGAAAGUGGCCAAAGUGGAAGAAAAACUGAAGGAACCGGAAGUGGGGAAGCUUUCGCCCAUGAAGAGAGCCACCCCUUCACCGUGCAGCAGUGAGGUCAGUGAUCCCCUCAAGAUGGACACUUCCAGUGACAUUGGGUUCAAAAGCCACCAGAACAGUCCAGUUUCUCAGAAGGAGGGCUGCAGAGACAGCCCAAUUGGAGAACCGAUGGAAAACGGUAAGGAGAUUGUCAAGAAAAUCACAAAUACUUUGACCAGCAGCGCAGCUAUUAUUACUGACCAUCCUCCAGAGCAACCCUUUGUAAAUCCAUUAAGUGCAUUACAAUCUGUCAUGAACAUUCAUCUUGGGAAGGCAGCAAAACCUUCCCUUCCUGCCCUAGACCCCAUGAGCAUGCUUUUUAAAAUGAGCAACAGCUUAGCAGAAAAGGCUGCUGUAGCAACGCCGCCCUUACAGCCCAAAAAACCUGAUCACUUAGACCGUUAUUUUUACCAUGUCAAUAACGACCAGCCCAUCGAUUUGACGAAAGGCAAGAGUGACAAAAGCUGCUCUUUGGGUUCAGUGCUUUUGUCAUCCACAUCAGCGUCUUCAGCAUCUUCUUCAUCUACAGUGACAACCGCAAAGACAUCUGCAGUUGUGUCAUUUAUGUCAAACUCGCCGCUACGCGAGAAUGCCUUGUCAGAUAUCUCGGAUAUGCUCAAGAACCUGACAGAAAGUCACACAUCAAAAUCUUCCACACCUUCCAGCCUCUCCGAGAAGUCUGACAUUGACGGCACUACAAUUGAGGAACCGGAAGAAACAACUCCAGCUCAGAAAAGGAAGGGACGCCAGUCAAACUGGAAUCCUCAACAUUUACUCAUCCUGCAAGCCCAAUUUGCUGCCAGUUUGCAGCAGACGUCGGAAGGCAAAUACAUUAUGUCGGACUUGAGCCCUCAAGAGAGAAUGCACAUUUCCAGGUUUACGGGACUGUCAAUGACCACCAUUAGCCACUGGUUGGCCAAUGUGAAAUACCAACUCCGAAGGACAGGGGGGACAAAAUUCCUUAAAAAUUUAGACACCGGGCACCCGGUGUUCUUUUGUAACGAUUGUGCUUCUCAAAUCAGAACUCCUUCAACGUACAUCAGCCACCUUGAGUCACAUCUAGGUUUCAGAUUACGAGACUUGUCCAAACUCUCGAGCGAGCAGAUUAACAAUCAGAUAGCACAAAGCAAGCCAUCCUCUGAGAAACUGUUGGCACCUUCACCAGAGGAAGAGCUGGGAACUUCCUACCAAUGUAAACUUUGCAACAGGACUUUUGCAAGCAAGCAUGCUGUUAAGCUUCAUCUCAGUAAAACGCACGGGAAGUCUCCGGAGGACCAUCUUCUCUACGUCUGUGAAUUAGAAAAACAGUAGCGUUAACUUUUUCUUUCUUUCUUUUUAACAGACAAGCUACCCAAACAACUGUACUUGGCUUUGAGGAAAAUUGUCAGACAUGCUGUUGAGUUUCUCCUUUGCCCUCUUACCCACCCCUGUUCUUGGCACAUAAUUGUUAU